AAUGGCGGAUGCUAGGAAGAGAGGCGCCUUUUCUGAGUUCAUGUCAAAACACUCGCAUGUGUUCAAUUGCUUACUUUUACUCAGGAUAACUCUGUAACCCGCAGUGAAAACACUGACUAGCAAAAUCCCUCGACAAGGUCCAACAUUUCAACAUGGCCUCCAAAAAGAAGCGAACGCCAAAUGUAGAAAGCGACAGCUGGGUCGUCAUUACAGCAGACUCCGCCAUAGACGCACAGGGGAAGGACAGUGACCCAAGUUUUGUGAGACUACGGAAUCCCGCAACAGAUGCAGCCUCUCUGUACUUGCUAGGUGGUGGCGAUGGCGUGCUGCAGCUUUAUGAGGUCAAAGUGUUUGAAGAGGAAUUCCGCUCCUGGUUUGUUGGCCAGACAGUACAGAGAGAUGGGAGACUUCUUUUUGUCACACCGAUGGAUCCUCUGUACCUUAUUUUACCCUAUUUGAUCAAAUCUGGAAAAGAAGGUAAGUUCCAGCCUGUGGCGCAAAUGGUGAUGGACGAAGACUUUCCUGCAUGCACCAAGCUGCUGAGCUGCUCACGCUCUCAAGCCUCCAUGCAUCACAUUGCAGAUGAAAAAGAGGUAGGAAGUCUCAAGUUUCACCGAUACAGUCAGGAAAAAACCAUGACUUGGUUAAAGAAAAAGGUGGAAAAAACGGUCCCGAUGCUGAAGAAUAGGAACAUCUCUGUGGGGGGUGCCAUUAAAUCCACCACAUACGUUCGAGUCAAGACCGAGUCGGACUCGAGCAAUGAGGACUACCUCCGCUAUGCACAUGGCCUAAUAUCAGAGUACCUCAGUGAAGACCUGAGCAAAGACCUCCUCCGUCACCUACAGUUACCAGAGAUCACAAGUCCUAAGGAAACUGAGCCACCUUCAAAGAAGCGUAAACUGUCCGACAAGCCGGUGGAGGCAGGAGAGGACUACACCAAAUUCAACAGUGACGACUUUGUGCGCAAACCACCAAAGAAGAUGACGGCAGCUCAGAAAAGUCUGGCAAAGGUGGACAAGACUGGGAUGAAGACAAUGUCGUCCUUCUUCAGCCCCAAAGUCAAAAAAUAAUGGUUGGUUGCCGUCUCCAUGUUUUGUACACGUCACUUUUGUAAUAAAGGAAACAAAAUGUUUACUGUCUUUACCUGCAUAGCUGUAGUCAGAGUUUUUUUUCCACUUUUUCCAUCUACUGUAAUACUACUCUUGUUCAACAUAAAAUAUGCCAUAUACUGUAUCUCACGCAACAACGUAACAUUACAUUAUGUCUGCGGUUCAUUAAAAAACAUCAGAAGUCAUUAAAUGGAUUUUGUGAAAAUUAAGGCCUUAAAUGGCAAUAAAAUGCAUUAAAUUCGAUGUGCACAGGCAUUAAAAAUUGUAGUCCAGUGUUCUGUCAAACUGUGCUGCCCAUAAAAUUGAGCUACCCAAGGCUACUGAGCAUGCGCAUGCAUGCUGUCAAACAGCAUAUGAGUGCCUUUUUUCUCAAAAGUGGUGGAAAAGUCACUUCUGCGUAAAAGGGGACCUUUUAACAGAUGCUAAUCAUUUAGGAGGUAGUUUGGGUAGAAGGUAAGACUUGCCGCAUGUUCCUCAUCACCUUUCAAUUUUUUUUUCAAGCUCAUUCAUUAUUGUCUAUUGACCCAAACCA